AUGGAGUCUUUAGACCCUGGCGGGCCCUCUGCGCCCCUCGUCGCGGACGGCGCAGGAACAGCGCGCGCGAGGCCGAGCGGCGGAGUGGUGUUCACUCCGCUGUACGGCGCGCACGCCGACGAGCCGCUGUGCUACCACCUGCGGCUCGGCCGCCUGCACCUGCUGCUGGACUGCGGCUGGACCGACCUCCUCGACACGGACCUUCUCGAGCCGCUGCGCGCCGUCGCGCCCGCGAUCCACGCCGUGCUGCUCUCGCACCCCGACAUGGAGCACGCGGGCGCGCUGCCGUACGCGUACGCGCAGCUGGGGCUGCGUGCGCCCGUGUACUGCACGGUGCCGGUGGCGCGGCUGGCGCAGCUGAUGCUAUACGACCAGUUCCUCGCGCGGCGCAGCGCCGGCGACUUCGACCUGUUCUCGCUGGACGACGUGGACGCCGCGUUUGACGGCGCCGUGCGCCUCAAGUUCGCGCAGCCGCACGCCGUGGGCGACGAGCGCGACGGCGUGAGCGUGACGCCGCUGGCGGCGGGGCACCUGCUGGGCGGCACGAUAUGGCGGAUAUCCGUGGACACGGAGGACCUCGUGUACGCCGUGGGGUUCAACCACAGGGAGGAGCGCAUACUGGGGCGCGCGGUGCUGGACACGGCCGUGGUGCGCCCCGCCGUGCUCAUCGCGGACGCGGCCACGGCGCUGGUGCCGCCGGUGAAGCGCAAGGCGCGCGACCAGCAGCUGGCAGAGGCGAUCAGCAGCACGGUGGGCGAGGGCGGCAGCGUGCUCAUGCCCGUCGACACGGGCGGGCGCGUGCUGGAGCUGCUCGUGCACUUGGAGCAGCUGUGGGCGGCGCAGGGGUGGGAGGCGCCGGUGGUGGUGGCGACGGGGGAGAGCUACAGCAUGGUGGAGGGCGCCAAGGCCAUGCUCGAAUGGCUCAACCCCUCCACUGCUCGCCACUUCGACGCCCAACGCACCUCGCCCUUCAACUUCAAGUACAUCCGGCUGUGCCACAGUGUGGAGGAGGUGGAGGAGGUGCCGGGCCCCAAGGUCGUGCUGGCGUCGCUCGCCAGUCUCGAGGCGGGCUUUGCUCGAGCGCUCUUUGUGCGCUGGGCGCCCGACCUGCGCAACACGCUGCUCUUCACCUCGCGCGCCCCGCCUAGCUCCCUGGCGCACACGCUGCAGACCAACGACGUGCGGUUCCCAGUGGUGAGUGUGAGCAUGAGUGAGCGCGUGCCGCUGGAGGGCGAGGAGCUAAGGGCGUACGAGGAGCAGCAGCGCCAGCAGCAGCAGGCCGCCAUGGAUGCUGCUAGGGGGGACGAGGGGGACGACGGGCAGGGGGACGGGGAGGAGGGGGAGGGGGAGAGGGAGGGCGAGGGAGGGGAGAAGGGGGAGGCGAAGGAGGAGGCUGAUGGGGAGGUGCUGGAUGGGGAUGACGCAGAGCCUUCCCCCUUGGCCCAGCGCCCUCCAUCAGACGUCUUCUGUGAGGGCUUCUCUCCGCUGCCCCUCGCACCCUUCCCCCGCACUCUCCCCCGCCACGCCGCCCCACGGCCACAGCACCGCGAGGGGUGGGUGGCAGGGCCGGUGUUCCCGUGGAGUGAGGGCGCGGGGGGCGGGGGGCGGUGCGACGAGUACGGCGAGGUGGUGGACGCCGAUGGCCUGGCCGCUGUGGUCGAACACAUGCGCGGCCCCAUGCGGCCAACGGUGAGCGCCAUGGAGGCGGCGGGGGUGGACAUGGCGGCGCUGGCGGAGGCGGAGGACGUGCUGGCGGGGCUGGAGAGGCCCAGCCGCGUGCGCGUGGAGCACGUCACCGUGCACGUCAACUGCGCCAUCCGCUCCAUCGACUAUGAGGGGCUGGCAGACGGCCGCUCCCUGCGCACCAUGCUCGCCCACACCCACCCCCUCUCCCUCGUAGUCGUGCACGGCACGGAGGAGGGCACGGCCGCCAUGCAGCAGGCGGGCAUCUGCAGCGACUGCAUGGCGCCCCGUGCAGGCGAGAGCAUCGACCUCACUCCCCACCUCGCCACCUUCCGCGUGAAGCUGAGUGACGACCUGCUGAGGGGGCUGCCAUUCCACAAGCUACGAGACGACUACGAGGUGGCAUUCGUGGAGGGCCGCCUGCACCCCUCCUCCUGCGCGCCACCCUCCGCCUCGCUCUCCCUGCUGCCGCGCAUCACAGGGCCCCCUCUCCCCGCACCCUCUGGGUCAGGAGCAGGAGGCCAAGGGGCAGAGGGGGAGGAGAAGGGGCAGGGGGAAGGUGGAGAGGGAGGGGUGGGAGUGGAGGGGAGAGGGGCGGGUGGAGGGGGGGCACGGGCGCUGAUGGAGCUGGUGCCGCUGGAGGGGGAUGGGGAGGAGGCCAAGCGGCGGGCGGUGAUGGUGGGUGAUGUGAAGCUCUCGGAAUUCAAAGUGCUGCUGCAAGCUCAGGGACUCCAGGCUGGGUUCGUUGAGUCGGUUCCUGUAGCAACAGCAGGAUCUGCUGUUCUCAAGUGUGGCGAUUCUCUCGCUCUAAGAAAGCACUCCCCAGUCGGCGCGCGCUCUCCGCUUCCCCAAUCUGCAUGCUCUCUCCGCUCUUCCCCCAUCUGCAUGCUCUCUCCGCUCUUCACCCAUCUGCAUGCUCUCUCCGCUCUUCCCCCAUCUGGGCGCACUCUCCGCCUGCAGUACCCUCUCGAACUCGGAGGCUGUUCCUUCUGCCAGCGCCUUGCUCAUCUCCGCACCCCGUGCUUUCUUCCCCCUCCUCCGCCCAUCGUUCCGUUCCCCCGACCCCAGGCGCCGUACCCAACGAACGCGCCGUGGCAGAACUUCGUGCUGGGGCAGGGCAGCAGCCCCGAGCUCGUCACGCCGUACAUGGUGCAGAGCGCGGAGGGGCGCGUCGCGUGGGGGCUGCCGGUGCGCGACCCGCAACCCGGGUACAUCGUGCAGGCGUUCGUCACCGCGCUCAUGCUCUCCACGCUGCAGGGCCUCCCCCCGCACCAGCUCUCCGCCUACGACGACCUCUCUGCCACCCUCUCCUUCCGCCAGCCCUCCUCCGCGCCCUCUGAUCCCCCCGCGCUCGAGGUCCCCCUGGUGCGCGGGUCGCCCUUCCUCACGUUCAUAUUCCCCCCGGGCGGCCCCCCAGCGACGCCCAUGCUGACGACGAUCCACGCCAUCACGGGAGUGGAGGCCAGCAGCGACAGCAGCAAGUACCGCGUUGCGCUCAACAACGGCCAGACGUGGCUGGUGUACCUGUCGUCGCCACUGGCGCUGCGGCAGGACGGGGCAGCGCUGGUGGCGGAUGCGCCCUUCACGGGGACCAUGCGCGUGGCGCUGCUGCCCGGGACCUCCCCGCAGGACGAGGAGGCGGUGCUGGACGCGCACGUGCCCACGGUGCCGGUGGGGGGCAGUGCGCACGUGGGCGAGUUCUCCAUCGAGUACACCUGGCGCACCCAGCACUGGCGUGACCUGGCUGACCGUGACACCGAGGCGCCGCUGCUCAUGCUCUCGCUGCCAAUGCACCGGCGCAUGGAAGUGAGCGCGCACAGCCUCUCCACUGCCUCCGCCCUCCGCCGUCGCCACAGCGGCUCCCCUUCCGGCGUCAUGGGCGCCCUCCGCGGCCACCACAACCCCGCCUCUGCCCACCCCUCCAUUGCACGAGGCAGUGCACGGGGGUCGUCCGUGCGAGCUGCGUCCGUGCCGGAUGCAUCAGUGCUGGCCUACCCCAGCAUCGACGGCCAGGCGGGGGGCAUGCAGGGGGCGGUGUGGCGCCUCAGCGUGCCCAAGCGGCCGUGCACAUGGGAAGCGGGGCCCCUCUCGUCCGACGCACAGCUGCUGGACGAGCUCAGGGCCAGCCUCAAGCAGGACGUCGCAGCGCUGCCGCCCCUCUCCUCCACCUCCACCUACUCCUUCGGCAAGGCAGCUGCGCGUGCCGCCCGCCUGGCACUCGUUGCGAAACAGGUGGAAGACGAGGACAGCCUGGCCGCCGUGCUGCCGCCCCUGCGAACCGCGCUCUCCGCGUGGCUGGAUGGCACCUUCCCUGGUAACCGCCUGCUGUAUGAUCCCACUUGGGGCGGCGUGGUGAGUGAGGCGGGGUCGCGUGACCAGGGGGCGGAAUUUGGGGCGGGCAUGUACAACGACCACCACUUUCACUAUGGCUACUUCAUCUACGCCGCUGCCACCGUUGCCCAGUUUGAUUCUGCAUGGCGCGACCAGUACGGUGCGGCGCUCAAGGACCUCAUGGCGGACUACAUGUCGCCGGAGCGUACCGCGGCAUUCCCAAGGCUGCGGCACUUCGAUGCGUACGCGCUGCACUCGUGGGCCAGCGGGCUGUUUGAAUUCGGCGACGGGCGCAACCAGGAGAGCUUUAGCGAGGCGGUCAAUGCAUACUACGCGGGGGCGCUGUUGGCCUCCGUGUUGGGCGACCAGCCGCUCGCCACGCUGGGCGCCACGCUCGCAGCCGUGGAGGCCCUCGCCGGGCAGACCCUCAUGCACGUGCCGCUCGCCUCGUCCAAUCCGGACCCCUCCCUCUCACCCGGCUACGAGGCGGUGUUUGCGGACGGCAACCGCGUGGUGGGCGUGCUGUGGUCCACUAAGCGCGACGCCGCGCUGUGGUUCGCCCCGCCGGCGGACAUGGAGAAGCGCGUGGGCAUCCAGGUGCUGCCCGUCUCGCCCUUCCUCAAGCACCUCUUCCCCGACCCUGAGUUUGCUAAGCAGCUCGUGGAGUGGGCACAACCCGUGCUGAGCGGUGCCGCCACGGACGAGUGGCGUGGCUUUGCGUGGGCGCUGCAAGCGCUGUACGACCCGCAAGGGGCCAGGGCGAACAUUGCUGCUCUAGGUGCUUUUGAUGAUGGCAACUCCAAGACCAACAUGCUCUGGUGGCUCGCUUCCAACAUGCCAUAG